AGCAAACUAAAUUAUGGAAUCGUAAGUUUUGUAAAUGUACCGUCAUGUCAAGUUUGUUUUGAUGUUCGCGCAGUCACAGACAAGCAUUUGCGUGUAUGAUAUACGAAAUUUCGCUUCAAUUAAUUACGAGUUAGGAGUUCGAAGCGCAAUGGGUUAAAAAUAAAUAAGAAACUUUACGAGAACUUAAAUUGUGCAAUACAUCUGUUUCACACUUGAUCUGUGGUAACAUGAAAGUAAAAGAAAUGAGGAGCCACGUCAACGUCCGCUCAAUUUCAAUUAAUAAGCAACUUCUCUUGAGAGUAAGUGACGGUGAUCAAUGUGCGUCGUUCUUGAUAGAUUGUCACCAUUCUGUCAGAGAUUUCGGAAGAUUUCUGUAAAUUUUUCGUAUAAUGAAACAUUGUCCCGAGAAAAUUUUGGCAUGAAUUCGUUAUGUCGACCAAUAUGGAGCCCAAGGAAGAUGAAAUAUCUUUGGAUUCCAAUAUCCCAGAAACAUAUACGGAAAUGUCGGUUCCCAUCGAAAAGGAUAACCUAAAAGUGAGGCGAAGGAACGUUAUUGAAACGAUAAAUUUCGCAUCAAAGGAAGAAAAUAUUUCUGACUCGGAGAGUAACGUACCGCUCGUAAAAAUGUCCGAUUCUACGAAGGCAUGGUACAAUAACAUUAUACCAGAAAUACCUGACAUCGCAGAAUUUAGUUUGUCAGGUAAACAAAACGGAGCGUUAAAUCACAAAGAUGAUAACAGUUCAUUAGAACGUAAUUUUGGUGAUACAGAGCCAUUGACGAAUAGAGAACGAAUGAAGAUAAGUGUUAUUCGCGGAAGCGUCGUCAAUCCGAACUUUACAUUGGGAGAACUCAAACUACUUGGUUGCAGCAGCGAGGGUUUAGUCAAUGAUGAUAUACGAAGGAUUUUAUGGCCGAAACUAUUGCGGCUCUCUGAGGAAUCCAAUUUUUCUGUAACUGGAUUGGAAACUAUACACAGCCAUAUACCGAAUGAGAUCUAUCAACAGAUAUUGAAGGAUGUAGCACGUAGUGGCAGUCAUAUUUCUCAAGAUGCUACACAACACGAGAUUGACCAUUUUCAAGAACAGUUGACUCAAUUAAUGUGUUGGGUCCUUCACAAGCAUUCUGUGUUGAAUUAUUACCAGGGAUAUAAUGAUAUAGCGGCAACUGUUCUUCUUGUCAUGGGAUUGCAAAAUGGUUUGCGUGUACUUGAGAGCAUUUCUUUAGAAUUCCUUGAAAGAUUUAUGGAGAAAACAAUGGAAAAAGUGAAUCAGGAAUUAUUUUACAUAUUCGCCCUGCUGGAAAGAGUGCACCCCACCUUAUUAGAACAUUUGGAAAAUGUAGAAUUAUUUCCGCAUUUUGCAUUAGCUGAAUACACAACGUGGUAUGCGCACAAAUAUGCGGAAAAUAGAAAACUCUUACAUAGAUUAUUUGAUUAUUUUCUUGGCAGUCCUCCACUGAUGCCACUUUAUUUAAGUACUGUGAUCGUAGCGUAUAGAGCAACAGAAAUUUUUAAUACUACGCCUGAUAUGGGUCACACGCAUAAAGUUUUAUGUACUCUACCGGACGAUUUACCUUUUGAAACGCUUCUAAUUGAAGCGAAAAAUUUAUAUCGUCAAUACCCUCCUGAAUCUAUAAGUAACGAUGUUACGGAAUAUGAUCAAAAAAGAAAAUGUAAAGAACAGGAAUGGAAAGCAAAGGCAGAAGCAAGUCGUCAGGAGAGAGAAAAACAACGUCAACUUAGGAUCAUACAAUCAACACCAAGAAUACCGUAUCGUAUCAGAAAUUAUAAAACGAUUACAGUAGUAACAAUUUUGGCCCUAGGAUUGUAUGCCUUUUUAAGAUCUUCAUCUGGUCUUAACUGACAUUAAAUAAACUUAAUCCAUUUAGAUUGUUUUAUAUGUCCUUGAAGCAAAAUUCCAUUUUAUUUAUACGCCAUUAGCUUGGUAAAUAAUAAGACAAAUUAUUGGGUACAACAUAAUGAAAUGGUGAUAUCAAGGACUGUUGAUAAUCUUAUUAAUCAGCAAUUAAACAAAUUUGUUUCUAAAUGUGUUGUAAGAAACAUUUUGAGCAUUCCUGUGCUGCCUUUAUGCUGUGUUCUUUGAAAUUGAUAUGAACUCUUGUGCACAUAUAUUUAGUGUCAGAAAUGUAAACAAUGUCAUGAUGGGUGUAAGUGAAUGAGAAGAAUGGGAGGAACAAAGCAUAUGUAUGCUUGUAAAAAAAUAUCUGUAAUAUGUAUAUUUUGAAACAUUAAAAAAAAAUUUUUAAACGCGAAA